UUACUGCGUGCACAAACAACAACAUACCGCGACGAGUGACAGCCGAGUUGCUGAGCGAUGCCGAUGGUCAAUUGCAAUGCGGAAAUGCCGGUUAGUUAUUUAUUUCUGUCAUGAAUAAAUGGCGACACAUUGCAUCGCUGAGCAUGUCUUUCUGCGUAGAUCAUGAAUUCAUGUGACCUCGGAGCUGCUGAUGUGCCUGUGCGAGAACUAGGAAUUUUUGCAGAUGUCCAGUGUUGAAGCAGAACUUUACCAAGUCUUGAAAAAAUACACCGGCAGUGUGCCAUGCCAUCAAUAGUUAAGCACCUAUAGUCUGAGAAUGACAAAGAUUUGCGGUCAACACCACUGGAGCGUAGUUCAUCUCAGUGUGGCUCUGAUACUCUGCUUGGUCACGUUUGCUUUGGCGGAGGACACGUCUCACGAGAAUGGAACCAGUCCCAGUACUUGCCACGGAGGCGAGGAGGUCAAACGCUACGAGGUAGUCAGCCUGGAGUGGGACGAGGUUCAGGUGCCGUUUGGAAUCUGCGUCUGGAUUAUGAUCGCCAGUCUGGCCAAAUUAGGUUUCCAUUACACACGUUUACCGGAGUUUCUGCCAGAGAGCUGUCUGCUGAUCAUCAUCGGCCUCGUCGUGGGUGGUAUCAUCUCGAUCAAUCCCAAGGUUUUCCCAGCGAGUCUCUCCUCUGGUCUGGACACCGACCUCUUCUUUCUGUUCCUGCUGCCUCCCAUCAUGCUGGAGGCAGGCUACUUCAUGCCCUCCAGGUCAUUCUUUGAUAACAUCGGCACCAUCCUCAUGUACGCUGUCUUUGGAACUCUCUUCAACACAAUGACCAUCGGUUUCUCCCUGUACGGCAUCUCCCAGCUGGGCUGGUUCAGCACACCGGGGCCUAACGGCACCGUACACGUAACCCUAUUGGAGUGUCUGACAUUCAGUAGUCUCAUCUCGGCCGUGGAUCCCGUCGCCGUGCUGGCCGUUUUUGAGGAGGUGCACGUGAACGAGGUGCUGUACAUUUUGGUGUUUGGGGAAUCCCUGCUGAACGACGCUGUCACUGUGGUCCUCUACCGGAUGUUUGAAUCCUUCAAUGCCAUCGGUGCGGAUAAUCUGAUGGCCAUCGACAUCGUCGGUGGCUUCUUCUCCUUCUUCGUGGUCGCCAUUGGUGGGGUGCUGAUUGGACUUAUGUAUGGCUUUCUGACGUCGCUGCUCACCCGCCUGACUCACAAGGCGCGAGUCAUCGAGCCCAUCUUCGUCUUUGCCAUGGCCUACAUGGCGUACCUCACUGCCGAGAUGUUCCGACUUUCUUCGAUUUUGUCGAUUGUCUUUUGUGCCAUCUUCAUGAAGCCCUACGUGGAGGCCAACAUCUCCCAGAAGUCCCACACCACCAUCAAGUACUUCUUGAAGAUGUUGAGCAGCAUCAGCGAGACCAUCAUUUUCAUCUUUCUUGGCGUCACAACGCUGGUGGACCCCAGUCAGCAUAAAUGGAACACCGUCUUUGUCAUCUCCACACUCGUCUUCUGUCUGCUUUACAGAAGUAUUGGUGUCAUUAUGCAAACCUGGGUGGCCAACACCUUCCGUCUGGCUCGCAUCUGCAGGACAGAGCAGUUCAUCAUGGCGUACGGUGGCCUGCGGGGCGCCAUCGCCUUCUCACUGGUUGCCUUACUAUGCAAAGAGACUGUCCCGAGUAAACAAAUUCUCUUCACGGCGUGCAUUGUGGUCAUCUUGUUCACUGUCUUCAUUCAGGGAACAACAAUCAAACCACUCGUGGACAAGCUGAAAGUGAAGAGGGCAACAAAGCACAAACCUUCCAUGAACGAGGAAAUAUUUGAACGGCUUGGUGAUCAUCUCAUGGUUGGCAUUGAGGAGAUUCUAGGCCAGUACGGACACCAUCACUGGCGUGACAAAUGGGAACACCUCAACAAGAGGUUCAUUGAACCAAUGCUCUUGCACGAGCGGAGGAAAUUGGGCGAUCCCAAAAUCUUGGAAGUCUUCAGUAAGCUGAAUGAGAAAGACGCCAAGGAUUACAUCAAAUCGCACGGUUCCUUCAUCCAAUUACAGUCCAACCAGUCCCUAUCCAACAUUCUGCGCACUCAGUCGUCGGAUAUGCUGUGCACAGGCUCAGCCCCUUUCAGGUACAGUGCUCUUCCUGUUAACGACAGCGUCCCGUGCCUGGAUAUGCAACAAAUGGGGACGAACGUUCCCACGAAACUUUUCAAAGAGUCUUCCUCGCAUCACCUUGACCUUCUAGCGGACAAUAUGUACAAGCCGCAAAGACAUAACAACCAUCGCAGGUCACGGCACAUGGACGUCGAUAUCCAGGAACCAACGAACCUGAUGCAUCGCAGCAUGAAGAUCCAGCUGCGUCGGAUCUCCCAGAAGCAGGGCAUGAGACACGGCAGGGGCACCAACCCGCUGCUCAACUUGGCCCUGAAAAAUAGCAGCAGCGACAAGCACCUCGCUAGGCGUCAUCAUCUGGAGCAGAACCAUAACAAAGAACCUGAGAACCUCCCCGCAUCGGCUGAGCAUCCCGCUGUGAUUGUGACCUUACAAGAAGAAGACGAAGACGAGGGCAUUACAUUCAGCGCCAAGGAAAGCUUCGACGAAGCUGACGCUGGCAUAGACAAAUCAACAGACGAGAUUGUCCAGACAGCUUGCGAGAAAACCUUGCCGUGGAAAACGGAAAACAAUCCGGAGGUCUCCGUCCGAGCCGAGAUAAACCCCCAUCAGUUUGUGAUGGAGUUUCCCCAGAGCCCCCGGAAAGUCCCCCCAGCCAAGCCCCUCGUCUCUCCGUCAGACAGCACCACGGAUGAUUCGCUGCCUCUGACUGCUGCCGAACAGUUGCCAUGGAAAUCCGGCGGUGAGACAUCGCCCUCAUCGCACGGUUCGUUGGAUGUUGGGGACGUAAAGUUCGAAGGCACAGGCAGUACUAAACAGGACGUGGAAACAGAUGACAGCGUAGAGGAUAGACCUCUUGAAGGUGCAGACCGCGAAACAAGAUUAUGAGCAGCGAGUGCAAUUUCCUUGUUUGAAGGAGAUGCGAAAUCAAUUUAAUCAUUCCUUCCUUCUUCCUCAUCUGGAGUAUAUCUUAAGCAUAACUGGGAACAGUCUCUGAAAGAAAAUUCUCUACCAAUUCUAAAAUUGAGAAUUUACACCAUUUGCAUUAGUGGGGGCCGUGGUACAAUGGUUACGGUGUUCAACUCGUGUGCCGUGGUACACAGG